UGUCAAAGGCCGAACAAAACAAUCAGUAUAGCUGUUUUUCCUUUGUAGUUUGUUCGUGCAAAUAGUUUGUAUCUAUGUUUUAUCCUUGAUGGAACAAUCUAUGAAAAGCCUUUGUCGCAUAUGCGUUAGAAGCGAUCAACAGCAAAGCUCUCUGUUGUGUGUUUUUGCCACCAACAUUGACUUCGACGAGCAAAGUAUCGAAACGUCCAAUGGAAGGAAAAAAUCUACCGGAACCGUUUCACAAACGGUGGCUCAAGCCAUGGCGUUGUGUUUGGAUGUUGAAAUAAAGCCAAACGAUCAGCUCCCGCAACGCAUUUGUUACAACUGUCUCGAAAAACUCCGACAAUCUUGGGAGUUGAGGGAAACUUGCAAAUCAAGUGAGGAACAAUUAAAGCGAAUGCUUCAAGAUGCUGACGCCAAAAUUAUUGAGGUGAAACAAGAGGAAUGCAAAGAGACAUCGUUUGAAGAUGAAGAGUUUCUGGAACCUGACGUAGCUUUCGUUGAUGAGGAAGUCUUAGAGGAAUACGAAUUGGUACUAGAAGGGGAACAGACUAAAUCUAUCAAUGCAAAUGAUCCAUUGCAUUCAGAGUUUGGAUGGUUGCUGUCUGAUCUGCCUAAGGGCCGUUAUACGCUUAGAAAAGGUGACGAUCCUAAUUGGGAUACAGUGGAAGUGGACGACUAUCGUUGUUGUGGGUGUUUUCAAUACUUCUGUUCAAAGGCGGCACUGGAAGAUCACAGCAAACGUGAUCACAAGGAGGAACCGCACGGAGAUAGGACCAAGCGAUACGAAUGUAGUGCUUGCUUCAAGUUAUUUGCUAGUACUGAUGCCUUAAACUUUCAUCAGAAAAUGGCUCGCUCCCGAUUAUUAUUCCAUUGCAAACAGUGCCAGGUGUUGUCGCCCAGUAAACGGCAACUGAAAACUCAUUUGAAGUUGCAUGUUGAUCAGAAGGUAGAGACUAAGUCGGUACACAUUGUUCAAUCCGUUCCGGAACAGUGCGAAGCCGCGGCAGAGAGCGUGAUAACGAAAAGGCAACCUGAACCUCCUACAGCCACUAAAUGUCGGAUAGUCAGGAAUUUCAUCACCUUUGAUUACUUGGCAUUCGAUGGCUUCUGCUGUUGCGAUUGUUGGGUCUAUUUUGAAACCAAGCGUGAGAUGAAACGACACGGUGAGAAAGAACAUUACAACAAUCGGGGCUUCGAGGAGGAACUGGUGUGUUUCGCUUGUUGGAGGUCGUUUGAAACAAAAACCGCCUUUGAGCAGCACAUGGCCGAGCUUAACGCAAAACAUAUCUACUACUGCAAGCCAUGUAAGCUAAUGUUCCGUUCGUCGGAUAAACUUCAAGAGCACCAGCUUACGAGCGAGAAUCACGAAGGUUUCAUCGAACUGGAAAUGAUUGAUGUUAAGGAGGAAGUGGAGAUCGAGGAAGAGGUUCCAGUUAAACAUUCGCCAAGCCAGCCAAUAGUUGAAACCAAGCGACGCACUAAAGUUGUUCGUAAAAUGAAGAGCGAAUCUCCGACCGAUGAUGAUGAUGAAUCAGGUGGUGGCGAUAAUGACGAUCGAGAUGCCGAUUAUGAGCCUGACGUGGAUGGUGCGUCUCGAAACUUUGAGGAGUCAUAUGGUAGACUUUUGUAUGCUCCUAAGAUCAAGCGAAACGAUCCUGAUUUAGCGGAAGUAACCGUGGUGGAUAUCAUAAGUCAGGAUACGGUUCGAUGUUGUGGUUGCUACAAAACAUUCAUCACUGAUGAAGAAGUCUUGGAACAUUGUAAUCAAUAUCAUCAGCAGCAUAAAAUUCCAGAAAACAAAGAGCAACCGUAUGAAUGCGAAAAGUGCUGUCGGAGGUUCGUUAAAGCUGUGUCCCUGCAGGUUCAUCGGCAAUUUGUGAGAACCGUUCAGAUUUACGCCUGCAAGUUGUGCAACGAAAAAUUCACUUUCCAAACACCAUUCCUUCUGCACUAUAUUCAGCACGAAAAUCAGUCAUGGAGGUGGAAAGAUGACAAACGAGGGGCGAAACCGAAAAAGACUGAGGAUGAUUCUAAAUAUUUCUGCUGUUUCAAUUUUUGCAAUCAAUCCUACACGGAUUAUAACGAGUUGCUCAGCCACGUGGAUGAUCUUCACGGUGUCAAACGAAAUCAGUUCAAGGACUACCGAGAUACAGAUGAAAACUGUUGCGAAAUCUGUUUUCGUAGUUUUACCAAUUACCGAGCUUUGCUCCGGCAUGUCUCACAGCGAAAGAAGGCUAAAACUGGUCACCGCCACACUUGCAGCAGCUGUGGUAUGCAGUUCAAAUCACUCACGCUGCUGAAGGACCAUGAAAACAAACAUCUCGGCAUCAAACCGUACGAAUGCGAAAUAUGCAGCAAAACGUUUGGAUCGAAAAACAUCCUCACAAAUCACAUGAUCGUUCAUCAGGCUAGCCGUCCGUUCAGUUGUGAAAUUUGCGGUAAAACGUUUGCCCGGAAGCGGAACUACAAGGAUCAUUCGAUGACGCACACGAACGAGAAACCAUGGGAGUGUGAAAUCUGCAAACUCACUUUCCGAAUUGAGUCUCAGUUUCUGACGCACAAACGGCGCCAUACCGGAGUGCGGCCGUAUAAGUGUAAGUUCUGCGAGAAGGUGUUUUCCCAUGCCACCGAUCGGAAGCGACACGAAAUGGCGGCGCAUACGGGUGAAAAACCACAUCAGUGUAGUUUCUGUCCGUUGGCGUUUAUUCGAAAGCGGCAACUGGUUAUCCACGAGAGAACCCACACCGGGGAAAAACCAUUCGAGUGUCAGUAUUGCGGGCAGGCGUUCAUUCAGCAGGGAUACUUGACGCGACAUUUGGCUACACACAAGCAGCGGGAUGGGGCAGCUUAGUUUAACUUUCGUCGAUAAUAGGCCGGUGUAUUCCAUAGUUUGAGUAAGUAUAGCAUAGUUCGUGCAGGCAAAGUUGUUCACAAUUAUCCGAAUUUUUCCUUAUCAGCGGUGUUACCUAUAAACGCAUAUCAGCUCCAUAAUUAAAUACAGCAAAACGAGAGAAACAUUGUUCAAGA